AUGAAGCUGUUCGUAGUACUCUCCGCAUUGUUCGCCGUUUGCUGUGCUAGGCCACAGCAAUAUGGUGGCUCCCAAGCCGGCGCCAACGCCAACGCUAAUGCUGGCGCAGCAGGUGGAGGAUUUGGUGGUAACCCUGGCUUCGGUGGUAACCCUGGCUUUGGUGGUAACCCUGGCUUCGGUGGUAACUCUGGAUUCGGUGGUAACCCUGGCUUCGGUGGCAACUCUGGAUUCGGUGGUAACCCGGGAUUUGGCGGAAAUCACGGCGGCGGUUUCAAUAGAAAUCCUGGUUUCAACGGCGGAAAUCCCGGAUUCGGUGGCGGUUUCGGUGGAAACCCCGGAUUUGGUGGCGGCUUUGGUGGAAAACCCGGUUUUGGUCAAGGAGGAAAUAGUCCCGCAUUUGGUGGCGGUUCCAGUUCAGCCAACGCUAAUGCCGAUGCCAACGCCAGUGGAUUUGGUGGUGGCUCUUCUGUAGCUAAUGCAAACGCUAAGGCGAAUUCAUUUUCUAAUGGUUUUGGUGGAUCCAAUGCGGCUGCAAACGCCGAUGCUAGCGCCAAUAGCUUUGGCAAAUAG